GAUUUCAAACAUUGCAUGGAACCACCGUACCGAGUGUAGGAGGAACUUUCAGUUCGCAGUAAAGGAAUAUGUUUUCAAAUAUUGUUUGACCCUCAUAUUUUAGUUAAUUGUCUUGUUUCUGUUAUAUUAUUCGAUGAAUAUGUGGUAGUGCCCAAUAUUGGUGGUUAAGUGUUUGUAUUUUAAAGGUGAACCCGUGACUAGCACACGCGUGUGGUUUGUUUCCAAAAGAUUUUUAUAAAUAUAAAAGGACAUUAUUUGCGAAAACUGACAAUGAAGAUAAAAAUUAACGCAGAUUUACUCCCUGUCAAAGGGCAGUACUUUCUGUUCAACGCCGGUACAGCUCCAGUGGUGCCUUACUUACCAACGUAUGCCCGACAGCUUGGAUUCUCCAGUGUAGUUGUUGGUUUAAUCUACACGAUACUGCCAAUUAUGGGAAUGCUCGCCAAGCCAUUACUUGGUGCUGUUGCGGACCAUUUUCGACGUCAGAAAAUGAUGUUCAUUCUCUGUGAAGUACUUGUUUUAGUAACGUUUUUUACUAUACAGUUCAUACCAGAAGUACCUGUCGAAUCAAAAUCUGUAGCAAUAUUUGACUGUGGAGAAGGGGAAUCAUUCAUUAAUGUGUGUGGUAACAAAUCUUCAGACCAGUGUGAUGCAGAACGUAUUACAGAAGAUGGUAGCUCAGGUGCUCUUCAUUGUGAGAUGGCGUGUAGUGUAACAAACCCUGCAAUAUUUUCAGAUAUCUGUAUGUACUGGAAUGUGUCAGACUAUUGCAAGAGUCAAAGGCUAAGAAGUGGUGUACUUGCUAAUGACACUCUCCAUAUAACAGCUGUGGCAAGCUUAAAUCACACAACUUCUGUGUAUUCUUGUUUUUACUUCCCUGUGCAUAAAGUAAAAACCAUGAACAGUGAUGUGUUAAAUCCCUCGUGCAGUGCUGUGAGACAUUUGACAUGUAACACAUAUUGUAACAAUACUGUGAUUAAUAAUAUGAUAACUGUAAAUGAAGAAAUUGCAGAUGUUGCUGGUCUUUACCAGUUUUGGCUGUUUUUCCUCCUCAUGAUUUUGAGUUGGGUCGGCAUGGCAGUUGUAGUAAGUGUUGGAGAUGCCAUAUGCUUUGGAAUGCUGGGUGAUCAACCAUCAAACUUUGGUCAGCAGCGUUUAUGGGGAGCUGUUGGUUGGGGAACGUUUUCAAUCUUAGCUGGCAUUUUAGUUGAUGAAUUUAGCAGGGGUCAAACGAAGAAAGAUUAUACAGUUGUGUUUUAUAUAUUGCUUGUGAUGAUGGCACUGGAUAUUUUGGUCUCCUCACGCCUUAAGUACACCCAGACUAAGCUGUCUGCUAGUAUUAUUCGAGAUGUUGGGAGGCUUUUCACGGAAAUCCGAAUUGUUGUCUUCUUGAUAUGGACUAUUGCUGUUGGUCUGUGCACUGCUAUGGUGUGGCAGUUUUUGUUUUGGCAUAUAGAAGAUCUGGCAAAAAGUAGUGGUUGUGAGACGUAUGAAUGGGUCAAAACACUACAAGGUUUAAUAAAUGGAGUCCAGAGUUUUGGUGGAGAGCUACCAUUUUUCUUCCUCUCAGGGCAUAUAUUACGCAAGAUUGGUCACAUACAUGCAAUGUCUCUUGUUUUACUGGCAUUUGGAGUGCGCUUUAUUCUGUAUUAUUUUCUUACAAAUCCAUGGUGGUGCUUGCCAAUUGAACUUUUCCAAGGUCUUACAUUUGGAAUAUUUUACUCAGCCAUGACUUCAUAUGCAAGUAUUGUUUCACCACCUGGAACAGAAGCAACAGUGCAAGGUCUUGUUGGUGCAUCAUUUGAAGGAAUAGGAGUGUCCAUUGGAAGUUUAAUUGGAGGUGUACUGAUAGAUCAGUAUGGUGGAGCAGAUACUUUCCUUAUAUUUGGUAUAGGUUCACUGAUAUGCUUUGUUUUGCAUGUAAUAGUUCAGUUCUGGCUGGGAGGAAAGUCAGACAAACUCCCUGAAGUUGGAGGUGUUAUAUCAAGAAGUGGAGUAACAGCAGAUAGUCCAUCAUCACCAGAAAGAAUAUUGAAGUGAUUCUGAAAGCCCAAGAUACGCUGCACCAAGUGAGGCAGUGAUGAUGCUGAGUGAUCAGCAGGAAGCACCAGUUUCAUGAGUGAUGAGUGCUGCGCUGUGUGUUGAGAAGAUAUGGAGCCUACUUUUAUAAGCUUGAGGCAGCUUAUUGUGCUACUGUCUGUUGUCUCUGAACAGUUUAUUUUUAUAUGGAUAAUUCCAGAUGAUGAUGGACAUCACAUUAUAGACAGUGAGAUGCCAACGACUUGUAAUGGGUAUUUAUUUCAAGUCAGGACUGUAAGUUCAUUAACGGUGAAACAUUUUAUAAUAGCUGUUGUUUCUGCAACAACAACAAAAAUGUUAUCUUGACUAGCGGUAUAGAUGAAAGAUGAUCCAAAGAAUGCACUGUGUGUGGUAUCAUAGUUUUUGUAUAUACCUUCAGGUUCAGUAUGAAAAUAAGAACUUUAAAUUUUUCAUGACAUAUAACAGAAAUGUCAGCAUUAAACAUAAAUGAAGAAAAGAAAAUCUACUCAUGUUCUACAUCAUAUAUUUUUCACAACAUGAACAAUGUCCCAAAAAAUGGAUGGAUGUUUCCAUAAAUUCUAGACAAGAACAUAGUGCAUGUGCUGACACCAACUGUUUUUAAAGAAACAAAACGGGUAAUAGUUUGUCAACUGUCCUUGUCAUUCUCAUAGUCAUUCACCUUGUCAUGACUGAAAAAUGCAUUGUCCUUAUUUUUAACAUGAACAUUGGAAUAUGUGGGUACAAUUGUACUUAAUUGAAGCAGUAUGUUCUUCAUGGAAAUUGAUUUGGUUGCUACUUGUGAUAUUCAUGUGUAAAAACUGUUUUAAAGUACAGGAAUUAAGCUCUCUUGCACACUGCACCCAGUUAUAUGUGCAUAAUAUUCUUUUGUUUUCUUCUUUGUUGUAAAUUUUUGUCAGUUCUUAUGUGUGCAGUAUAGCACAUAGGUCUGGUGAUACCUUGUCAUAUUGGCCAGUAGUUAUGAGAAAAAGGUUGCUCAGAUUUUCCAAGCUUUUGUUUGUCUAACCUUCACAAACAUGCAAAUCAUCCAGUGUAAUAUAAUAUAGAUAAAAAAUCUACUUACCAAUCAACAACAACAAAGAGUGUCUUGUAUAAGCAACAGUUCUCUUUUUGUGCCUUUUUAUCCCUAACCCAGUGUCUAGGCAAUCUUCUUUGCUGUAUGAUUGUCACCGCCAUCAUUCAACCCUUUGCUCCCUCGUGGGAAAUGAAGAAUAUUCUAUGUACAAAUGUGUAGUUUCAUGACAAAGUAUACUGAUAAAAUUUUCAUGAGAUUUCAGCUGUGUCAGGUGGUUGAAUAUCUAUAAGGUUUCAGCUUAGUGCUCCUUGGCCAAAAGAUUGUGGAUAUUCAAUCACUCAAUGUGACUGAAAGUCAGAGAAAAUUUUAUCAGAAGACUACUGGCACUCUCUAUGUGAAAGCUGACGUUUCUUUGUAACAGUUUGUCUGAAACUUUCUGUUGCCAUGUGGUAAGACUUUUUGUGGAUAAUGAGUUCAGUUAUAUUUCAAGUCAUCAUUAUAACCAAGUUCCAAAUUGCAUGAAUAUUGACAGUGAUAAGGAGCUGGAGAAGAGCAAUUGUAAGCAACCUCCUUUAGAAAAGUGGUAACUUUUAUCCAGUGUUAAAACAGGGUGUUGCUGUCAUGUGUAAUGGAUAAUACAACUAAUGUAUUUAUAAUAUUUGUGAUUUUUCAGUUGAGUUCAUUUAGUUUUGCUCAUAUGCAAAUUCUUAAGACAUUUCCCCUAUUAGCUCUGCAAAAUUCAGUGUCAGUUUAAGGAUUCCAAAAAAUAAAAAACUAUGUGGCUGUCCCUUGUGUAUGGUCAGUUUUCAAUUCAUCUCUACAUGACCAUUCAAUCCAAUUGACACAAUACAAAAACGUAAAAAUUUGGAAGUUUAAUAAAGUCUUAUUCCUUAACGUAAUGAGGUGUUCAGAGAAGGAUGGUAUGGGCUAUAAUGACUGAAGGGAUGUGGCUUCACUCAUGAGAAACUGUAAGUAAAAAGAAAUAGUAACCAUACCAUGAGAUUAAACUGACCUGAUAUGUUAGUGAAUUCAAAAAACAUUUUCUGUAAAUGAAGUUGUAAUUGUUUCUCCAAGCAUAAGGAAGAGCCAGUCCAGUACCUGUGAUGUACCAAAAAUUGCUUUAUCACUCAUUCGCCUUUAAAAAAAAAAUGACAUUUCUCAAAAUAAAUAGAAUAGAGCAUUCAGCAAUGACUCUAAGUUGCAGUUAUGUUAUAGCCUGUCAUAACAGGACAAGAAAAUGCACAUAAUUAGUAAAACAGUCAGAAUCUUUUCACCCUUCACUUGGCUCUCUGUGUUUGAAGGAACACUUUUUUAAGAUUUUAAUGAGUUAAAAUUUUGUUGCUAUUUGUACCUACGUAAGCAAAAGCAAUUUGCUGCUGAUAGCAGGAUGUCGAGGAAUUCGUAAGUGAAAAAUGCUUCAGUCAAGAAUAAUUUUAGUGAGCUUUUAUACAAGUCAUGCAGAAUGCACAUAGACUACAAUUAGUUUCUUGCCAUAGAUGAAGUACUGUGUCAGAUUUAAUGCUGUCUGUGAACAUGAAAAAAUAUCUGUUCAUGAACAAGAAAAAAUAUUUGUGUCUUAUUGCUGUUAUAAGUCAUUAGCAAUUAUACACCGUUUACAUAUAUUGAAUCUAAAUGGAGUUUGUUAAAUUGCACUGACAUCCAUUGUUGGCCAUAGGUUUCGCUACUAUAUUUUGUUCAGUUACAAACAAAUAUGCGGGUAAACUAUAGAGAUCUAAUAGUAAUACAUUUCAUUAAGCUUUUAUUCCUUUUUUUACACAGAUGUGGGCCAUAUGAAAGUAAGAGUAACAGUUUUUAAAAUGUUAAUUUUUAGAAAAACCAAGUACAUAAUUUUAAUUUACACACUUUCUGCCACUUGUCAACAGUCUCCAUACCUGUCCACAGAUUUUUCCAUCAUGCAAGUUUGAAAGUACUCUUAUCAUAGAACUGUUCCAAUUUCUCAAAGACUAACAAACAAAAUACAAAAUAUAGUGGUAGUCAGUGGGUGCCAAGUCAUGACUGUAGGGAGGAUGUAGAAGAGUUUCUUCACCCAAAUAUCCUGACGUUCUCCACAGCGAAAGAGCAAAAUGAGAAAGUGUGUUAUCUUGGUGCAGGAUGAUCUUCUCAGAGCUCUUACCACAGAAUGCACGAUGGAGCUUCAAAAGGCUUGAUACAGUGGGCAACAUUUAUGAUUUGGCCACAUUCAAGAAACUGAAUCAGAAUGCAACCCUGUUCAUUCCAGAUGACAGUGCCCGUUACUUUCCCAGCAGAAGUCACUGUCUUCAGUUUUUUCUUCAAUGGCAAAUCCAAGGGGGCCUGGUGUUUUGUUUCAGGUAAUAAUGAUAGAAUGAGCUUUCAUUACAUCCACAACAUUAAUUAAAAAAUUACCACCUUCAUUUUGAUAUCUCUGAAGAUUUUGGGUAAUAGUUCUUUUCUGAAUUUUGUGGUCCUCUGUCAGUAAAUGUAAGACACAACAGGCACAAACUUUUCGACAACCUAAGCUUUGAAUCAUUUCUUUCUCUGCUCUGUGUCCUACUGCAAGAUUUGGCAUGAUUUCAUUCACGUAACACACCUGUCUUCUCUACCGCACCCAUCAACCCUUUCCUUGUGUCCCAUGGAGGUAGUUCAAGGAUGAGUGCUACAUGGCUCAUCUUGGAUGCUUAUGUUUCCAACUUGGAAAUGUUUCAUCCAUCUCCUAACACUGUUGGCUUACACCCAUGCAGACAUCUCCAUACAUACGUUGAUGUCUGAUAAGAAUUUCAGCAACAAAUUUUCCCAUUUUAAUGAGGAAUUCAGUGACAGCAAGUUGUUGAAACAAAACAUUGAUGUCAGCCAUUUUAGAAGUACUUCCCCUGGUUGCUCGAUAGAUCCUAAUGAUAUGCAACGUGUGGUGUAAAAUCUGUGGAAUUCAAUCCUGUUGUCAUUUUGGUUACUUUUUUUACAGAUGCUAAUGAUAUCACAAUAUGGCAGCAUGUGGUGUAAAAUCUGUAGAAUACGAUCCUGUAGUCAUUUUGGUUACUUUGUUUGCAGAUCAGCAUAAGUCACUAGUGCUUACAGAAAAUUUUUGGUUAUGUAGCAUGAGUCCAAGAAAACAUGUUUACAAAAUUGGAACUGUCAUAUUAAGUACGGCAGAAGGCCUGUAAUAAGUGGAUUUUUGUCAUCACUCAAUGGAUAUAACAAAAUGCAAGUGUUUGCAAAAGCUAAUGUAUGAUGCCUACCUAUCUCUGAACCCUCUUUCACAGAGACGAUAAUGAAAAUAAAUAAAUAUGUUUAUGACUCGUGUCUCUUUCUACAAACUGUGUGUCUCUGGACUUAUUAUGUUUUAAAACAUUAUAACUGUAAAUUUAUGUUAUAACUACUUACUGAAAAAUUUAAUGAUGCAAUACUUCGUCAGUAGUUUGUCCUUCUUUCACAAUGAAGUGGAUGAUUUUGCUUGUAGAGUAUCUGAAGGUUGCUUCCAUGAGAUGGUUACACACAAUUGAAAGCCAUAAAUCACCAGAUUUCUUUUCAUGUUUUUCAUAAAGUAGACCUAUCCACUCUGUCAAGAACCUAUUCUGUACACAUGAUACUCAAUGGAAAAAAAAGUAGAAUAGAUAUACCUUCUUGCCAACUGAAUAUAAAAUAUUCUGUUUUUAUUUUGUAAUAGUUUAAAGUAGCUGUGAUAUCCUUUUUUAAGUGUACCUACUUCAGUGAACAAAGAACGUGGUGGCAAUUAGUAUGUGAUGCCGUAGUAUUAUCAGUAGUUAACAGACUUGAAGAAGUAGUUGGUGUAAUUUUAGUGGAAAACAUUAAACACCUUUACUCACUGAUCCUGUGAUAUUGCCAAAGAAGCAAAAAGAUCAGAGACGGGCUCUAAUAGAAAAAUUAUAAUUUAAUAAUUGGUUGUCAAUGUUCCUGUUGUCACACACUAAAUGUUAAAAUAUUUAUAUUUUGAAUUAGAUGUUUUGUAUUUUUGCAAAUAAAUUGUUUUUCAAACAGCUACUGG